AUGAGAAUAUCAGCCCUAUCGCACGGUAUUUAUGAGAAUCCUAGUCGAGAAAGGACAGCUAUGAGAAUAUCAGCCCUAUCGCACGGUAUUUAUGAGAAUCCUAGUCGAGAAAGGACAGCUAUGAGAAUAUCAGCCCUAUCGCACGGUAUUUAUGAGAAUUCUAGUCGAGAAAGGACAGCUAUGAGAAUAUCAGCCCUAUCGCACGGUAUUUAUGAGAAUCCUAGUCGAGAAAGGACAGCUAUGAGAAUAUCAGCCCUAUCGCACGGUAUUUAUGAGAAUCCUAGUCGAGAAAGGACAGCUAUGAGAAUAUCAGCCCUAUCGCACGCCCUAUCGCACGGUAUUUAUGAGAAUCCUAGUCGAGAAAGGACAGCUAUGAGAAUAUCAGCCCUAUCGCACGGUAUUUAUGAGAAUCCUAGUCGAGAAAGGACAGCUAUGAGAAUAUCAGCCCUAUCGCACGGUAUUUUUGAGAAUCCUAGUCGAGAAAGGACAGCUAUGAGAAUAUCAGCCCUAUCGCACGGUAUUUAUGAGAAUCCUAGUCGAGAAAGGACAGCUAUGAGAAUAUCAGCCCUAUCGCACGGUAUUUAUGAGAAUCCUAGUCGAGAAAGGACAGCUAUGAGAAUAUCAGCCCUAUCGCACGGUAUUUAUGAGAAUCCUAGUCGAGAAAGGACAGCUAUGAGAAUAUCAGCCCUAUCGCACGGUAUUUAUGAGAAUCCUAGUCGAGAAAGGACAGCUAUGAGAAUAUCAGCCCUAUCGCACGAGUCAGCUUAA